GCAAACUAGUUGUCCACCAUUUCUGCCUCUGAGCAUCUUCACACCUUCUCCUUCCCUGAAUCCACCAUGGCGCCGUCGGCGUCGUCCACCGGGGCGGUACUACUCUUCGCCAUCGCCGCCGUGCUUCUCCUCGCCGUCCGGGAUGGCCAUUGCGCGCAAUUGUGCAUGGAUUCAACGUUCCCGAGGACGGUGAACGGAUCGCUCACCUUCUGCGGCUACAAUGGCACGGCCUGCUGCAACUCGACGGACGACGCCGCCGUGCAGAGGCAGUUCGCCGCCAUGAACAUCUCCGGCACGCCGUGCGGCGAACUCGUCAAGUCCAUCCUCUGCGCGAGAUGCAACCCGUACGCCGGCGAGCUGUUCACCGUCACGACGAGCCCCCGGACGGUGCCGCGGCUGUGCAACUCCACCGGCGUCGCGAGCCGGCUCAGCGGCGGCAAGGCGGCGGCGGCGGCGGCGACGGACUACUGCACGACGGUGUGGGACACCUGCAAGGCCGUGCGCAUCCCGGGCUCGCCGUUCCAGCCGCCCCGCGGCGGCGCGGCGGCGCCGACGCUGACCGACGUGUGGCAGUCGUCGGGCGACUUCUGCACCGCGCUGGGCGGCGCGCCGGGCGGCGGCGGCGCGCCGUGCUUCGACGGCGAGUCCGCGGCGUUCGACGCGAGCCGCGUCGCGCCGCCGGCGAGCGGCAUGUGCCUGGAGCGCCUCGGCAACGGGUCGUACCUGAACAUGGCGCCGCACCCGGACGGCUCGAACCGCGUGUUCCUCAACAACCAGGCCGGCAAGGUGUUCGUCGCCACCGUGCCGGCGCAGGGCUCCGGCAAGCCGCUGCAGGUGGACGCGGCGACGCCGUUCCUGGACAUCACCGACGAGGUCCACUUCGACAACGAGUUCGGCCUCCUCGGCCUCGCGUUCCACCCGGAGUUCGCCAAGAACGGCCGCUUCUUCGUCUCCUACAGCUGCGACAAGACGCAGUCCGCCUCCUGCUCCGGCCGCUGCGCCUGCAACUCCGACGUCGGCUGCGACCCUUCCAAGCUCACCGCCGACAAUGGCGCCCAGCCGUGCCAGUUCCAGACCGUCAUCGCCGAGUACACCGCCAACGCCUCCUCCGGCUCGCCGGCGACGGCGACGGCGGCGAACCCGGCGGAGGUGAGGAGGAUCAUGACGAUGGGGCUGCCGUUCACGACGCACCACGGCGGGCAGAUCCUCUUCAGCAAGGCCGACGGCUACCUCUACUUGAUGAUGGGCGACGGCGGCAGCGUCGGCGACCCGUGGAACUUCGCGCAGAACAAGAAGUCGCUGCUCGGCAAGAUCAUCCGCAUCGACGUCAACGCAUUGCCAACUGGCAAUAGCACUGCAGGCUGGGGAAACUAUGUCAUCCCCAAGGACAACCCCUUCUCCACUGACUCCAAGUUUGCGCCGGAGGUUUUCGCCCUCGGCUUCAAGAACCCGUGGCGGUGCAGCUUCGACUCCGGCAAGCCCUCUGACCUCUACUGCGCCGACGUCGGACAGUCGUCGUACGAGGAGGUUGACCUGGUGAUAAAGGGCGGGAACUACGGGUGGCGGGUGCUGGAGGGCACGACGGCGUACCUGCCGCUGGCGAGCCCCGGCGGCAACACCUCCGCCGCCGACAUCGACGCCAUCCCGCCGGUGAUGGGCUACGCCCACAGCGCCGUCAACAACAACGUCGGCUCUGCCUCCAUCACCGGCGGCUACGUCUACCGCUCCGGCACCGACCCCUGCCUCGCCGGCCGCUACCUCUACGCCGACCUCUACGCCCAGUCCGCCUGGGCGGGCCUCGAGUCGCCGCCGGGCAGCGGCGCGUACGACGUCACGCCGCUGCCGUUCGCCUGCUCCGGGAGGUCGCCGAUCCCCUGCGACGCCGCCGCGGCGAGGAGCACGCUGCCGUCGCUGGGCUACAUCUUCUCCUUCGGCGAGGACAACGCCGGCGACGUCUACCUGCUCACCAGCAAGGGCGUCUACCGGGUGGUCGACCCGGCGGAGUGCGGCUACGCGUGCCCGAUCAAGAGCUCCGCGCCGGGGACCUCGCCGCCGCCGGGCUCGUCGCCGAGCGGCGGCGCCGCCGCCGCCGUCGUCCCGGCCGCCGCGGCGACGAUGGCGGCGCUGCUGCUGAUGGGAGCGUUGCUUGCACUCUGAGCUGAUGAUGGUCGGAGUGAUUUUUUUUGGCAAGGAAAAAUUGCUUCUGGGAAUUUGUCAGCUCGUUUUUAAUUAUUUAUGGAUUUGUGAUGUGAUAUAUUUGAUCUUGUUUGUGCAGCUUUUGUUCUUGGGAUAAUUUGGAUAAUUUUGGGGGUUAUGAUCCGUACGUGUUUAUGGGAAUCAAAAGAUCAUGUAAAUUAACAAGAUAGGACUUUUUAAUUAGGUAUUAAAUUUUCUUUGUUUUGUGAUAA